UGAAAAUAAAAUAAAUGACCACAAAUGAUAAAGUGAGAAAAAUCGUAAUAAAUAAAAUUAAUCUAAGUGGCCGAAAUCUGAAAUCUGUGAGCCAGCAAACAUAUUAUUUGUAAUAAAUAACCAUUAACAUGACUUCCGAAAGGCAUUGCAAACAUAGCGGAUAUGAGAGUCUCGAUGGUAUUAGCAAUCAAUCACCAUCAACCUCUUCGCACGUGCACAAUUCAAAUGACUGCUUAACACAGAAUAAUAAAAUGAUGGCAAAAGACCUAUCCAGAUCCGACACCGCCAUACACUUGCAACCGCAAAUGGACAAUAUUUGCGCGCGUAGAAUAUCAUCAGUAAUUUCCUCCAUUAAUAUAUCUUCCUUUAGCCUCAAUAGCGCCUUCCAAAACUCACGUCGUAUUUUGCUUAAUAACCGCGGCUGUGAUUUUGAACCAAAUAACGUAGCGAAAUGCCAAAAUGAAACCAAAUGUACAAAUCCGUUCCUGAAACUGAAACGGAAAAUAAAUCGUCAUCAUUUUCUGAUUUUAUUUGUUUUGUUCUACGUCGCUUAUUUGGCAUUCGGGGGUUUCUGCUUUCAAAUGUUCGAAACGCCAAUUGAAAAUAAUUAUCGCACCGGGCUUAAUAGUCUACGUAAUGAUUUUUUAAAAAAAUAUCCACAGAUUUUGGAUGAGGACCUAGAAGAUUUUUUACAUGCUAUUAUUACGGCCAACGAUCGCGGCAUAUCACCCUUGCGCAACGCCUCCAACGAAAUGAAUUGGAGCUUUGGUCAAGCACUUUUCUUUUCAAGCACUGUCGUUACCACAAUAGGUUAUGGACGUGUUACGCCACUCAGUCAAACUGGCAAAAUAUUUUGCAUUAUUUAUGCUACCAUCGGUAUACCACUUACCCUACUAUUACUAAGCGCAAUGGUUGAACGGUUACUUAUGCCCGCUAAUUGGCUAUUGGGUACACUUAAUUCAAAGCUUGGACAUUUAUAUCAACCUUUCAAUAUACGUUUACUACAUCUAAGCAUUGUUGUUGUAAUAGUGGCUGCAAUAUUCUUUGCUAUACCAACAGCAAUAUUCGCUUACCUGGAACCAGCUUGGGGUACAUUAGACGCUUUCUACUAUUGUUUCAUAUCCCUAACUACAAUUGGCUUAGGCGAUUAUAUACCCGGUGAAGGUGUUUCCAUUGAACACCGUUCCAUAUAUAAAAUGUUUAUUACGGGCUAUUUAAUUUGCGGAUUAAUUGCAAUGAUGUUCGUGCUGACAAUAUUCUAUGAUAUACCACAAUUAAACUUAGGCCAAUUGUUUACGGAAAGUGUUAAUGGAGAAACUGAAAAACUACGCUUAUCUAGUAAUAAUACUACUUGUUAUUCUGGUCCAUCUGGAUUAUAUAUGCCGCAACGUGAUGAGGAUACACGACGUGCAGUUGUACGUAUACGACCGCAUGGCGAUGACUCACCUAGCCCCGAUGAAGCGCCCUCAUCACUUAAUAGUGAUAUGAGAAUACCAUAGAAGGCAGAAAUUUAUCAAUAAUUUAAAAAAAAAAACAUUAACAUUCUAUGCAAUCAUUAACUACUAUAAAGUUACGUACAAUUUAACGAAUAUAUCAAGUAACAAAUCGACAGUUUACAAAAUUCUAAUCAUAUCCUAUAUGAAUACAUA